AUGUCUGUCUCCUCCUCCUUGAAGUUCUCCCGGGUCAACAAAAUCGCCUUAUUUGUGUGCUGGGGGUGGUUACUGACUCUGUGUCUGAUUGCAGUCACUGUGCGUUUGGUUGAGCAUCGGAACUUCCACCCGAUGGUUUAUCAUGGAGUGAACCUGGAUCAGACGGUGCAGGAGUUCAUAAUGCAGAUAAGUGAUGAUAUUCCCCAAAGGUCCUCUCUGCCACAGCCAUAUAAAAAGCACUUGUACGAUACCUUGAAGGUUAUCCACCAGCCACAUGGGGCCAAGACCAAUGAAUUAGUGGUGGGACUGGAGGAUGAUGAGAGACUGAUCCUGGUACCAGAGCACACUCUGAGAGAGGCUGGUGUGGCCCAUGAGACAGAGCUGGCUUUCUUCUGCCACAAGGACUAUCAGCUCUACAAGGCAAAUCCAGUCUCCAAGUGGUGA